GAGAUGCUGGGAUGAGCUGUUAGUAAUAAAGCUGAUGCACAUAAGAGGCAGCGAGGCACUGUGAACUUGGAUAGAACUUGUACUUUUGAAGUCUUUCGAUAUCGAUAUCUAAUAAGUAAAAACUGGAAAGCUUGGGAAUACAAACAAAGCUCUUUUCAACUGAUCACAGCAAUCAUGGACGUCUUUUACGCCUACACGUAUGGAACGGCCGGAUGGCUUGCAUUGCAAUCCAUUCCAUUAAUCGUAUCGCCCACAAUCAUAAUCACAAUGCUCUCGCCUCAAUAUCGAGAUGCUACCACCCUUGAAGAAUACUUCUCCCGGUCACUUGGCUUCACCCUGCUGACUCUGGGUAUACUAACCGCUCUCCUGACCGGGUCUGUUCCCCUAACAUCCUCUAUAUCCGACACCAACUCCUCUGCAGUCACCGAUUCUGAAAGCGACCCCAAGGCUCCUUAUGCAGUCCCCGUCCUCACCAUUAGCACUCUCUAUCACGGUCUCGUAGCAUUUCACUGUUAUGCACGCUACACGACAAUGGGGACCUUUGCAUUUGCACUGGGCUCACUCGGCUCAACAACACUAUUUGCGAUUGGAGGGUGGUGCUUACUUUUUGGAACGUCGAAUGGAAGAAUUAGCAAAUCUACUGGGGCGGAUAAGAGGACUAGUGGGUUUCCUUUUGGGAACCAGGAGAGUGCUAGCGCGAGGAAGAGGGCUAAUAGGAGAGGCUUGUGAGGAGGUGUAAGGAGGAUUUGAAGGAACUUUGAAGGAACUUUGAAGGAACUUUGAAGGGACGAAUAUGGCUGGAUUGCUGAGGAAUAUAACAAAAGUUAGAUACGACGAAAAGCUCUUGGGAGAUGGACUUGCGUAUCAUAGGCAACUCGGUGUUGUGAACUGGACGCGAGCUAUUUGUCAUAUGGGGGUUAUGCCGAGAUUUUAUAUCCCAACUUCGGCCGUGAUUCGCAUGGACUCAAAUUGACGAUUAUACUAUCAGACAUACACCGCAUCUCACCACCUCACAAACCCAUAUCCAUGUCAAAGUAACCUUAACUCAACAUCCACCUCCACACACUGCUCCUUUACCUCGUUUUCGAACAGCUAGAAACGCUACAGUCAGCAGCACACGGACAAAGCAAGGAGUUAACGAUUUUUCCAUCCAGAGAUCUCCUCGAUUGUUCCCUGGUUCCAUCACCUCAAUACAAAGCCUCUAGUAUCGGAAAUGGACUUUGACAAUGACUUUAUCUCCGCCUGGCUGUCCGUUGUCCGUAAGUUCUUUUGGCGUUGCAUCGCAUUGGCAAGCAUUCUCGACGAUGCCAGAGUAUAGCGUACACGUAAAACUCCAAAGUAACAUAUUGCCACACACAUCCAGUAGUAAAUAUCUCAACCUCACGUGUUCUCAUGAUCGAUCUUGGGGAGCCGAAUUUCCAAUCCAUGGACUUAACCUAUUAAACCCGAGCUCGCCA